AUGGGAAUAGUAAUUUUCUCCAAGAAUUGGAUUUAUUGGACCGGCAGCUUUGUUGGUAAGCCAUGAUGUUCAAAAUUACCUACAAAAGCAGUCUAAACUCGGCCCAAAUUAUAUUAUGGUAUGUUUCAGCGAUUAGUCAUGCUGCCGGGACCAAGAAAAACUACUGGCGGGCGUUUUGGAUUCUGAUUGGGCUGGUUAUGAUCGGACUAUUUCUUUAUCAAUCGGUUCUACUGAUCAUCCAGUAUCUCCAGUACGGAAAGAAUACGAAUAUUCAGGUAAACGGGACUUCAAGCACUUUUCUUGUGGGUAAUUUCUGGAAAAGCACAUUAGAUUUUUAACUAUGAAAAAUAAGGAAACCAGCCAAAAGAAUUGACUAUUGAGCGUAACUUUUAUGCUAUGACUAUUGAGCGUAACUUUGUUGCUUUUGUGCCAUGUAUUUUCAAUUUUUUUUGGGAUUGCUGUCAGUCUGUCGGAAAAAUAAUAAGCGCUGCGUCAACCGCGUCGCUGAAGUGAACUUGAUUUCGACGCGACACAAUUCAUUUUCCCGGCGGCGAUGCGAUUUUCGAUGCGACAGAAUGCUCGUUAUUUUCCCGACAGACUAAUAUAAAGCAAAGUUUUCACGCUGAAAAUGCCUGCAGCUAGCCUUAAACCCAUUUUCAGCUUUACACAACAAACAACAUGCCGUUCCCAGCCGUCACGUUUUGCAACUUGAAUCCGUUCAAACGGAGUGAGGCCUCAAAGGUGCCAUCACUGGAUUUACUGGUAAGAAGCCGGACUCAAAUUCCGAAUCUCAUAUUCCUCUUUCAGUUGCGUGCCUACGACUACAUUAACGACAAAAAAAUGGCUUUAUCCAACAGUAACACCAGCAGCACUAGUGGUACAACAACGGCGGCUAGCAACAACAAUAACAGCUAUAUGUCUUCUACAAGCGGUACGGCAUCAACGCCACUCAAUCGGGACAAGCGCCAAGCGCCCCCAGCGCCUCCAGAAUUCGACGAAACCACCACUGUCGCGGCAUCGCUGACCACAACGGACUGGUCGUCGGAUUGCCCGACGAAAACGAAGACAGCCCAAGAUGGUAGUACAAUGACGAUUCAUAACUGCACGGACAGCGCAAAAAUCGAUGUGGAUUGUAGGUUAUGAGAGUGUCGGCAUAGCAUUGUACUACGGUCAGCGUAUCAUAAAAUGCAGCAUCGCACUGUAUAUGAUCAGCAUAGCAUCGCACUGUGAUCCGCGUAGCGUUGCACUAUAGUCAGCAUAUCAUUGCACUGUGAUCAACGAAGCAUUGCACUAUGACCCGUGUAGCAUUGCUCUAUGAUCAGCGCACGUAAACUGAGAUAAGCUAAAACGGUCCGGUGAAUGGAUUGACAAUUCGCCAAAAAAGACGCGAAAAAAAUUUUUGUCGGAGAAGAAAUGGGGAGUUUUUAGGGAGAGAGAGUACGUUUUGCGCGUCUUUUCUCUGACUUCUCUGUGAAAUCAAGACGAAGUGUAAAAAAAACGAUAGCAAAGAGUCUAUUCCGGUCACCCAACUCCCUAGUUUAACUUGCAGCAUAGCGUCGCUUUAUGAAAUCUUUUUUAGGUGGCAAUGGCAGCACACGAACAAUUUCCAUCAUGAACACGUUAACGUCCACCUAUCUGGACCUCUUUGACACCAUGUACUCGAGUUGUGCCAAGUCCCUGAUCUGUGGCAGUGCGAAUAGCGUGUGCAAGUUCAAGAGAAAAGCAUUGGGGAUUUUGAAGCAAAUUGGAAAUUGCAUGGUGAAUGCCACAUCCGGCUAUCCGAUAUCCGACCCAAAUGAGGCGGAUCCUAUUGAUCCGAUAACGAAUUACGUCACGAACAAGUGCAAAUACAAUACCGGGAAUAAUUGCAAUUUUUAUUAUCAGAAAUCCACUGAGACUGGUGACAACUUUUGGUAUCGGAUCUGCAAUAAACAUCCGGGAUAUACGACGGUGAUGCAAGUGCCGGGUGAGUGAAUUUCUAUAAUAUAUGAUCCGUUUGUCACCUUUUUUUGUCGACUUGAAUGCUCUUACACGGCUUCUAUAAUAAGCAGUUUAUGUUGAAAACUUCGAAUUUCAGCCUGUUCCAAAGACGACAAAGACUAUCAAGUCAAAGUCUCCUACUCAAAGUGUAACAACACUGACUAUAUAGCGAAUAUGAACACCAAUAUUUCCGAUGCCUACUACAAUUAUUAUUGUAAGGAUGUUUGCGACUAUACAUGCCCUUUUACCAACGACGAUGAGGAUUGCGGCGACAUGCAUUAUUACGAUACUUUAUGCGAGCUGUCAACUUGCCCUUCGACAACUCCGUAUGAGAGCACUGAGCUGACUACGGAGAUUAGUACAACGGAGCAUUCGACUAGUACGGAAGUGACAAGUACUACGGAGGAAACGACUACUACUCAUGUAACAACUACUACGGAAAUAACGACUACUACCCUCGCUACAACUACUACGGUAGAAACUACAACAACUGAGGUAACAACUACUACUACAUUGACUACUACAACCACUCCAACUACAACGACUAUUACUUCCACAACAACUAGCACACCUACUACGACUUUGACCAGUACCACAACCCCUACUACUACUUCUACUACGAAGACCUCGAGUUCAACAAGAACUUCAAGUACAACAACUUCAACUUCUUCGCUUAGAACUACCACAACAACAGGAACUACAAGCUUCAGCACAUCCACGAGCUCUAAAACACCGAGUACUUCGACGACAGGUAAAACUAGUACGUCUUCAACAACCACUACAACAACAAGCUCUUCCACGUCAACCACAACUUCCAUUACUACGAAAGCAAGUUCAUCAAGUUCGACUACAACGACUUCUACACCUUCCACGACAUCAACUACGACGUCUACGACCACUUCGACCUCAACAAGCACAUCUACUACUACAACUCCAACAACAACAUCCACAUCGACAAGUACUUCAACCAGCAGCUCAAGCACCCCAAAAACUUCAACAUCAACUACAGCAACAACAACUAAAACAACGACUUCAACAAAGACCUCGACCAGCACAACCACACCGACAUCUUCAACAACAACGUCAACUACCCCCAGCACCUCAACGAGCACAAGUACUAAACUUACUACAACUCCUAUCCCUACAAGCACAUCGACUUCUACGUCAACUACCACUACUACUACUACUACCACAACCACAACAAAGAAAAGUACGAAGACCUCAACCUCUACGAGUACGUCGACAACUUCAACUAGCAGUUCUUCUACGACGUCCACAACUCCAACAACAAGUACUACUACGAGUACUACCACAACUUCAACAACUACAAGUUCAAGUACUGCUAGUACCACUACUCCUACUUCAACAACAACUCCAUCGUCAACGAGCACAACGACUUCUACAACUUCUACUACUACUACUACUACUACUGCUACUACUACUACUACUACUACUACUACUCCAAGCACGUCAACAAAAACAACUCUUACUUCUACGUCUACCACGACCACAACUACAACUACUACAACUACAAGCACUACUACUACUUCUUCAACAACUACAACCACAACUACUACUUCUACUUCUUCAACAACAUCCUCAACGACUCCAACCACGACUAG